AUGAUCGGAUCAGUGAUUUUUUCGACUAUUUUAUUGGCUACAGUAACCUAUGCACAAGUUCCAAAUCGGGCAACAGUUUGCACAAAGGCUAAGAACUUUGGUGUAACUUUCUAUACACCAGCUGAAAUGCAACCAAUUUUGUCUUGCAUUGAACCACAAUUAUAUUUGAAUGCAACUGAUACUGAAACAGUUAUCUCAACUGGAAAAUCAUGUGUUAUCAAUAAUAGUGCUAGCAAAGCUAUUACUGCUCUAUCAUUGUAUUCAUCGUGUGAGUUUUCGUUGAUUUUUAAAAACCCCUUUAUAUACCUGUACAACAUUCAAUUUGUUUCAGUCAAUUCAUGCACUGAUUUAAUGGCUCUUCUUGAUAAACUAACUGAACCAUUCCUCACAAUUGCUGCUGUUCCAAUUAAUCAAAGUAUCAAAGCAUUGGAAAAUUGUAAGAAAACCAACACAAAAACUGGAACUGCCAAACAAAAUGCGUGUAUCAACAAAAUGUAUGGAAAAGGACUCGCUAUUGUUACAAAGAGUUUGGUCAAUCAAUAUUGCACUAAAUUAUCCAAGAAAAUGACUGCAACUGAAUGGAAUUGUUGCAAAACUUAUGCUGUCAAAGUUGUUAAUGUCAAACUCUACAAAUGUUAUAAUAUUACCAAGUAA